UCGCUGUCUAUAUUCUAUCCUCCACGCCUGGAAAAUCUCUCCCCCCCUCUCUCUCCAUUCUAUCCGCGUGCCAACUACGCUUCCUUCUCCCCCCUUUCCUCUUUUCUAGAGCUCAAGAGAAGAAGGAAGAAGAAGAGAUCAGAGAGCGAAGCGGCGAUCGAUCGAUCGUAAAUCGGAGCGGCCAUUGGUGGCCUCCUCCUCGUCCUCUUUUUCAGUGAAACCCUAUUUUUUUUUUUGGAAGUUUUUUAGGUUGAAUUGGAGCUGGUACGGUGAAUGUGAGGUUUGAGAGCAGGUAAUUGGUGGGAUUAGGGUUUUGGUAAGGGGGGAUGGGGGCGGGGGUGUCGAGCAUCAUGGGGCCAGAGGGGGACGGAGGAGGACACGAGACGGGGCUGGGGGACCUGCCGGAGAGCUGCGUGGCGGCGGUGCUGCUGCACCUCGACCCGCCGGAGAUCUGCCGGCUGGCGCGGCUCGGCCGGGCGUUUCGAGGGGCGGCAUCGGCGGACUUCGUGUGGGAGACGAAGCUCCCCAGGAAUUAUCGUUGUCUGAUGGGGCUGGUGGAGAAUGAGAAGAGCAAGAAGAGGCAUCUUAGCAAGAAGGAAAUCUUCGCCCGGCUGUGCCGGCCAAAUCCCUUCGACGGGGGAACCAAGGAAUUCUGGCUGGAGAAGUGUAGGGGUGGUCUUUGCAUGUCGAUUUCUUCAAAGGCUCUGUUGAUUACGGGGAUCGAUGAUCGGAGAUACUGGAAUUACAUUCCCACGGAGGAAUCCAGAUUCCAAGCAGUUGCAUAUCUUCAGCAAAUCUGGUGGUUUGAAGUGGAUGGGGAAAUCGACUUCUGCUUCCCAGCUGGUACGUACAGUCUUUUCUUCCGGCUCCAUCUAGGCCGGCCCUCCAAGCGACUUGGCCGUAGAAUAUGUAGUUCCGAGCACGUCCAUGGGUGGGAUAUAAAACCUGUGCGGUUUCAGCUGUCAACGUCAAAUGGCCAGCAUGCUCUAUCCCAGUGUUAUUUAGACGAGCCUGGGAGUUGGAUCCUUUACCAUGUAGGAGAUUUUGUUGUAGAGAACUCCGGCAUACCUACCAAACUCAAAUUCUCAAUGACACAAAUUGAUUGUACACAUACAAAAGGUGGUCUUUGUGUUGACUCUGUCUUGAUAUAUCCCAGGGGACUUAGGCAGAAAAAGAUUUUUACCACCCGUAUGUAACCCUGCAGAACGAGAUGUAGUCCGUAGAACAACAAAUCAUAUAUGAGCAAUAGAUGGUUCUUUUUUUACUCUCUGAACAUUCGGAAUUCGAGGCAAUGUGUAUAACAUAUAGUGAAUGUAAGGACCUUUUGGUUCGUUUUCUUUUUUGUGGCCUCUAAAGUAUUUCAAAAAUAAUUUUUUGCAUC